GUGUGAGUGUCUCCUGCUGGUGGUGCUUGCGGUGGGUGAAGCUUCGUACACACUCACUCACUGAGACCGUGCGAAGGGAGGGGGGGGAAGACAGACACAGAGAGAGUGAGAGACAGAGGCUCCAGCAUGGAGUAACAGGAGAUGGGGCUCGGACGGGGCCACCAGCAGCAGCAGCCAGUCGGGCGGGGCAGCAGGGCUGCCUUCUUGUAAGCCAGUCCCUGGGAGGUGCACGGCUGAUUACACCGCUGGCCUUGGGGGGAGACCGAUUCACUGGAAGGUGGGGGGAGGAGAGAGAGACGGUGACCCCCUUCUUCUCGCUGAGCCAUUGGGGUAUGUGAGGGUAAAGAUGAGCAGCUCGGAGCCCCCCGAGACGGGAGACACACGGUGAUCGGUACAAAAUGAGCGAGGAAGCCUCCCCGGAGGAUGACAGCUACAUAGUGAGAGUGAAGGCGGUAGUAAUGACCAGAGAUGACUCCAGCGGAGGGUGGAUACCUCAUGAAGGAGGUGGACUCAGUCGUGUUGGUGUCUCAAAGGUUUACCCAGAAGGCAGUGGAAGAAGUGACUUUCUAAUUCACGGGGAACGGCUCAAUGACAAACUGGUGGUCUUGGAAUGCUACUUAAGGAAGGACUUGAUUUACUGGAAAGCGACUCCAACAUUUCAUCACUGGUUGGUUGACGACAGAAGGUUUGGCCUUACCUUUCAGAGCCCUGCUGAUGCACGAGCCUUUGACAGAGGAGUCCGUAAAGCCAUCGAAGACCUCACGGAAGGAUCCACCACUUCUUCUUCUACAAUACAUAACGAAGCUGAGCUUGGGGAUGAUGACGUGUUUGCUACUGGCACCGAUAGUUCAUCAAACUCCUCGCAGAAGAGAGAGCCACCGGUCAGAACAAUUGCAUCUCCUCUGCCAAGCGGACAUUGCCGGUAUAGCCCCCUCAGCCAUAUUGAUACCUAUGGCUUGGACCAGUAUACCUCAGAACCAUCAUUGCCUAGACCACCUAGGCACGUCAGCUUUCCAGACGACGACGAUGAAAUUGUUCGGAUCAACCCAAGGGAAAGGAACUGGCUUACUGGCUAUGAGGACUAUCGCCAGGCGCCCAUCCAUCGAAAAUACACAGAUCCAGAGAACACGGACUCUUACGUUCGUUUUGACAAAAGUGAAUCUUCAAAACACGAUUAUAAUUACCCUUACGUAGACCACUCUGAUUUUGGCGUGUGCAAAACCAUGAAGGGUUCAGUCAUUAAUACCCAGCCACCUAGGUGCAAGUCCAGGAGAAAAGAUGGAGAGCGGUCAAGAUGCGUGUAUUGCAGGGACAUGUUUAACCAUGACGAGAAUGGUCGGGGGCAGUGUCAGGAUGCCCCAGAUUCAGUCCGAAACUGCAUCCGUCGAGUCAGCUGUAUGGGAUUUGCAGACUGUGUGCUUUACCACUGUAUGUCUGACUCUGAAGGGGAUUACACAGACGCUUGUUCUUGUGACACCAGUGAUGAAAAGUUCUGUCUGAGGUGGAUGCUCCUUAUUCCACUUUCCAUCGUUGCACCAGGGAUGUGUUGUUACCUUCCCCUACGCGCUUGUUAUGACUGUGGUGUUAUGUGCGGGUGCUGUGGAGGGAAGCAUAAAGCGGCAGGCUGACCAUGUGCAAGCUGGGAAUUUUCCAUCUGUGCGUCUUUUCUGAUCGAUUGGGGAUCACCUCUGCAUUAAACAAUCAGUUGGAUGCUUUCCGCCCUGACCUGAACACAGUUGUACUUAAAACCCCAGCGAGUUCAGAUGGAGUUUCUAACAAACUCAUUUUAAAUUUCAGAAAGGAUUGGCAAAGGAAAGGCAUUUUGAGGAGUUACUGUUGCCAGUGAGAAACCAGAUGUAUAAUAUGAAACCUGAAGAUGGGGAAAAUACUAAAUAUUUCAAUCUUUGUGAAAAACAAAAUGUCAUGUGUAAAUAGAGAUGGCACUUCCAGAAAAGUUCUGCUUGAUCCCUCUGUUAAGGCUGAUUUGACUAGCUUCUGGAAGGAAAGAAAAAGGGUUUUAAUACGUUAAAUAAAUCCCCUCCCCUUAUAAGUAUUUUAACCUGCAGCCAGAUAUUCUGUACUUAUCUACUAUAACGUAAGGUAUUAAGAGUACAAUAAUGCAGUUUUGCUAUUUGUCUAUUAUGCCAAAACCAAUUAUUUAUGCAUAUAUAGUAUUCGAUGUCCAUUAUCAUUUCUUUUUGUAAAAAAAACAAAGGGGGGAAAAAAAU